UAGAUAUGGCUUUAUUAUAAAAUUUAUAUUUAAUUAGAAAAUUUUUAAUUAAUAUUAAUAUUAAUUAAUUUACUUUUACAGGGCGCUGUUAAAUGCUGAACUCUUUAUAUUAACUAUCCAUCCGCUUUAAUAUUGCAUGCUUCCACGUUAUCUGAUUUUACUUUCCGUCGCUUUUUUGUGUUGCAUUUUCUUCUCACAUAUUUGCGUUUAUUUUUUACAUCCAUCAAAUUAUAAGAAUUGGUCACUGUGUAUAGCAAUACGAUGAGUAAUUGUUCUUUGUGUAAUCACAUUUUUCUAUUUCAGCGUGAUUAAUCAUCAACAUGAGCUGUUAUUAAAAUCUAUGCACAACGUAGAAACUGAAAGACGUUCAAUAAAACCAUUCUAAAUUUCUUCUGCCUCCAUUGAAUAAAGGAGAAAUAAAACAUGCAAAUUUACUUAUACGUAAAACGUUUGUAGAUAAAUGUAAAACCUUUAAUACUUAAUUUUACGUGAUAUAAGAGAAAAUGUAGUGGAACUGCACAGCGUGAAGUUUUGUAUACGCUAAAACUUCAUAUUUACUUUACAUCAUAUUGUAUAAUAAUUUUACAUUUACCGAAUUUUCAAAUUUUCUUUUAUCAGAAUAUUCAUUUUGAUUUAGUAGUGUUACCUCAUAUUACAUAUGUAUUACAGAUUUCCAAUUGAUUCUGUCAAGGCUAAUUAUUUCUGUGUGCGGUCCAUUUAAUAAUAAUUCAAUAAAUAAGAAAUACUGCAAAACACUUUCUAUUCUUCCUCUUCUUUCAACUAAAAGGAAGACUAAAGACUAUGUCGAAGCAUUUGUAGCGCUAAGUGAAUCGCAACACUUUAAAAAUAAAAAAAAAGAAAAACCUUUAGCGUAGAGGACGUUACAAAUUACUAAUUAAAGUUGCAACUAUUUUAGCCGUUUUCGAUUGUGCACAGCCUCUACAAAUUCAUAUAUCGUGACUAUCAGUUAUUAAAGAAAAUGUAAUUAAAAAAUUAGUUAAAAAAGUUACAAUUUUCAAGAUUGGUGAAAAAAACCUUGCCUGAAGGCGGCAAGGUCCAUUCUCAUGUUCUGUUGCCGGAUUGGUUGACUCGCGCUAGUACUGUGUGCGUAGAGUGGUGUCGCGCGCACUCAUUUUCCAUCUCUCUCGGCGAUACAAAUGAUCCAUGGCUGCAACCUGCUGCAACUUCAUGUUGAUAGUUUUUCUUGACGUUGUGUAUAUCUAACCUAAUUACUUUGUCAAGGAAUAUUUUGAUUACUUAUCUUGAAAUAUAAAUAAAUACAUUUAUGUAUAUAUUUAACCUAGAUAUUAUUUUGCCAUAAUAGUAAACUAGUUUCAGUGGAGAUACGUCUCAUCUUGACGAAACGUGCCACCAAAACUUACAAUGAAUCGGAAAAGCAACAGCAAAAGUAAAAAGGAUUUACCAGAACCACGUGUUUCUCCUAACGCAAUAAUUGUAAAUGGUACAAGUGGUUUGAGUCGAGAAGCAGAGGAUCGAUUCGAAUUGGAGUUAUGUUGGUGUAUACAACAAUUAGAAGCGAGCUUAGCCAGUGGCAAGUUGCACAAGAAACAGACGCAAGAUACCAGCAAACAUUUACAGUCAUUAAAGAGCAACUCUGCGUCACUAAUAAAGAAGAGACAAAUAAUGAAAAAUACAUUGGGCGAUUAUAGAGAGAAAAUGACUGAGGACGAACGAAAGCUGAGCAAAACUGUAUCGACCGUCAAAUUCACGUGUUCUGCCUCAGCAAAUAAAAAGUCGAUGUUCAUCAGAAAAGCAGCUCAGCAUACUACAGAAGAGCCUGAAAGUCAGACGGAUGAUCACAAAGUACAAGAUAAAUUAAUUAAUACAAAAGCUAUCAUGGAUAAUAGCAGAAGUCAAGCUUCAUUUCAGUUUAAUUUCCAAACGUGCUAAUAAAAAUCUGUUUUUACA